CCGGGCGCUGGAACCGCUAGGGCGGGGAGGGGCUGGGCAUUGCUGGCGCCCGGGAAGCAGCGCGGGCAUCGCGUAUGGGCGCCCACCCUCGCCCUGGAGGCUGCGAUUCCGGCUUGCUCACGGCUGGAUCCUGGAACUGGAGUUUGAGAGACCCAGAGGAAAUCCAGGUAUCAAAAUUGACUCCAGAAAAGAGAACCUAACAGACCAGUAGUAAUGGAAGAAAUUGAGAAAGUUACCAGAAACCUGUCAUUCCCUACAAUGCAAGGCUCAGCUGGUGUCACAGGUUGAAAAAUCCUUCAUGAACAAGAGAGAUCAGAAGCAACAUGAUGGAUUCAGAAGCUCAUGAAAAGAGGCCACCAAUCCUGACAUCUUCAACACAAGACGUAUCCCCGCACAUCACCAGUGUUGGUGAAAUGAAGCACUAUCUGUGUGGCUGCUGCGCAGCUUUCAGCAACAUAGCAAUCACAUUUCCAGUUCAGAAGGUCCUCUUCCGGCAGCAGCUGUAUGGAAUCAAAACCCGGGAUGCAGUACUUCAGCUGAGGAGGGAUGGAUUUCGAAACUUGUAUCGUGGAAUCCUUCCGCCCUUAAUGCAGAAAACGACUACCCUGGCACUCAUGUUUGGUCUGUAUGAGGAUCUGUCUUGCCUUCUCCAUAAGCACGUCAGUGCUCCAGAGUUUGCAACCCGUGCUGCGGCUGCAAUACUUGCAGGGACAACAGAAGCCAUUUUCACUCCACUGGAAAGAGUUCAGACAUUGCUUCAAGACCACAAGCAUCAUGACAAAUUUACAAACACUUAUCAGGCCUUCAGAGUGCUGAAAUGCCAUGGAAUUAGAGAGUAUUAUCGAGGCUUGGUGCCCAUUCUUUUCCGUAAUGGAUUCAGCAAUGUUCUUUUCUUUGGCCUUCGAGGUCCCAUUAAGGAGCAUCUGCCUACUGCAACAACUCACAGUGCUCAUCUGGUUAAUGACUUUAUCUGUGGAGGUGUUUUGGGUGCCAUGUUGGGGUUCUUGUUUUUUCCAGUUAAUGUUGUAAAAACUCGCAUACAGUCUCAGAUUGGUGGGGAGUUUCAGUCUUUCUCCAAGGUUUUCAAAACAAUCUGGCUAGAACGGGACAGGAAACUGACAAAUCUCUUCAGGGGUGCCCAUCUGAAUUAUCAUCGGUCCCUCAUCUCUUGGGGCAUAAUCAAUGCGACUUACGAAUUCUUGUUAAAGAUCAUCUGAGAAAGUCACCAGUGAAGUGCUGUGUAUCAGUGAAUAGACCUGAGAAAAAUACAGUUUGACUUAGGUUCAAAUUGAGUUCAGGCCACAGUGAAUUAUGGGAAAGCCAUUUUCCCUGAGCAUCAACAAAAAAUUUUUAAUUUUUUAUCAUUACUGGAGAGCUUUAGGCUAAUUGCUGGUAAAUAGCUGUUUAUCUGAUGGUCUUUCACAGGGUAUCCUAAUAGCCAGGAUGUGAUUCUUUUUCCCCAAACCGCCUUUAAGCCUUUUGUAUUGAAGCAUAAAAUGGCCAUAACUAGCCAGGGAAAGUGCCCUUAGGGCCCUAGGACUUCUCAGGCUUAUUUUGUUACCCCAUUUUUUCUUGCUCUCAGGAGCAGUUGCAAAGGGUAGCCUUCAUUAAAAUUAAGCAUAUAUGUGGCAGGACCUGGCCAGAACAGAAAAGAAAUACAGCUUAUUUGGUCAGUCUGCUUUUUGGGAUUUUUUUUU